UACAAACAAACAUCGUUGGCGGCUCCAUUCGUCGGUUAUGGAGAGGCUAAUGAAAUACACUACCGCUUUGGCUUAUCUGGGACCAUAAACCUCAUACAGUGGCACCUCACAGAUCCUGAUCCUAACGUCCUUGUAGCCUCGUCGACAGGACCAGGGCAGACUACGUACACUGAUUCUUUGACCAGUGACCGCGCAACUAUGGCCACAUCUUCCGUACACCUGACCAUACAGAGUCUGAUGACAUCUGAUGUCGGAGAGAAUAUCCGAUGUGUUUGAUGAAAGUUAUUUCUCAUUUUUACAGAAGCGGAAUAUACUUUAGCAAUGCUUGUAAUACGUUUGCGACAAGCAAUAUGGCUUUGAAAGAAGUACUACUUCUAGUCGUUGUAGGAAUCGCAUAUAUUCCCUUACACAUUGUGACAGGUGCUAAUAUAGAUGUUGGGCCUUCCACAGCUGUCAUUGCUUCAGUAGGAACAUCAGUUUCCAUGUGGUGUAAAGUGAAUACAGUGACUACUGGAUGGUACACGCAGUGGGUGAGGGGGGCGAAUAAUAAUCCUUCCCUACUCACAGAAGGUUGUAUAUCUGUUGAUGCAGCUAAGUACAGUGUUAACCCAUGUGAUCAGACCAACCACAACUUUACACUCGUUAUAUCCAAUGUGCAGUUCUCGGAUGGUGGGGGAUAUGCAUGUGGCCACAGUGGCAUGAGCAGUGACUGGGUCAUUGUGUCAGUGAUUGCUGCUCCACGAGGAACUCGUCUCCUCAAUGCCACAGCAGACCUCGAGGUGAGAGCCCAGCAGGACACCACGUUUAUGUGUGAGACCAAGGCGUAUCCAGCAGCAACUGUUACCUGGGAGAUAGAUGGCACAGCAGUGACAUCUGGUGUUACACACAUUAAUUCAGCAAGGGACGUCACCACGCAGCUUAUUACAACUACAAGUACCCUGAAGUACAUGUUUCAAAAGACCCAGGGUUCAAAGACUGUCACCUGUAAGGCCAGUAAUAGUGCUUCUGGAUCGACUCCUGCAGUGGCCUCUGUGAAUGUGGAUAUAAUUUGUAAGUAA